AUGGAGCCCCCAAUCAUUGAUUUUGCGCCAUUCUACGGUCCGGAAUGUGCUGCAAAAGAGAAUCUUGUCAGGGAACUGAAGCAUGCCUGUCAGGAAUUUGGUUUCUUUCAACUUGUCAAUCAUGCGGUUUCAUCCGAUUUACAAGAUUCUAUCCUUCGCCAAAGUAAAAAGCUGUUUGACCUGCCAAUCGAAGUCAAAGAGAGAUAUAGUAAAGACAUUGGAGGCUUCAAUCGCGGAUACGAGCGUCUUAGGGCUCAGAAUUUCGAGAAACGAACAAAAGGAGAUUUGAAAGAAGGCUUCUACCUUGCCAAAGAUUUACCGCUUAAUGAUCCAUAUGUGAUGGGGAAAAAAUUUGGUCAAGGGCCAAACAAGUACCCGGAAGAACUUAGCAACCCUACAGACUUUCGAAAUGUGGUAGAUGGUUAUCACAGUGUACUCACAUCGCUAGCAAUGGGGAUUCUACAAAUGCUUGCUCGGACCCUAGACUUGGAUGAAAAUACUUUCAGCGAAUUCUGCCAGCACCCGGUUGCUGUGCUCCGUCUGCUUCACUACCCUCCUCAGGAGCCCGAUGCAUCAGAGUUAGAGAGAGGAAUUGGUGCCCACACAGAUUUCGGCGCCAUAACGAUCUUACUGCAAGACACAGUAGGCGGCCUACAGGUGUGGAACAACACUUCUUCUCAAUGGAUUGAUGUUACCCCAGUCCCAGGGGCCUAUGUGGUCAACCUAGGUAACAUGAUGAUGCGAUGGACAAACGAUCGAUACCUUUCUACCUUGCACCGGGUAAUCAAUAAAAGUGGAAAAGAGCGCUUUAGUGUACCAUUCUUCUUUUCUGGAAACCCUGACUACACAAUCCGCUGCCUGCCCAGCUGUGAGUAUGGUCAGGAAGGAGCAAAGUACCCCCCUAUUACAGUGGGUGAAUGGAUGGCCGGGCGUUAUGCGGACACCUACGGUACAUCGGACGAGAAUGCUAUUGGGGAACUUCGCAAGGAACCAGAAGCCGGGAAAAUGGAAAGCUAG